AUGGCAGAUCAGCUCACUGUCCUCGUCGUAGGCGCUGGCGGGCGCGAGCAUGCGCUCGCUUGGAAACUUGGUCAGUCGCCGAUCGUUGAAAAAAUAUUCGUAGCUCCAGGAAAUGGCGGCACAGCACAACUGGAAAAGACGACCAACGUCGACAUUGGGGCUGGUCCUGAUUUUACGGAGCUUGUUGCUUUUGCGAUUCAUAGAAACGUAAACUUGGUCGUUCCCGGUCCGGAACAACCGCUGGUAGAUGGCAUUGAAGCUGCUUUCCGCAAAGUUGGUAUCGCAGUGUUUGGUCCGACUGCGCGAGCAGCAAGGAUGGAAGGCUCGAAAGCCUUUUCAAAGGACUUCAUGGCUCGAAAUAAUAUUCCUACUGCCAAAUACAAGACAUUUUCUGCAUCGCAAUUUGACGAAGCUGUAGAAUAUGUCAAGACCUGUGGAUUUCAGACUGUACUCAAGGCAGAUGGGCUUGCUGCUGGGAAGGGUGUUCUUAUUCCUCAGACGAUUGAAGAGGCGAUUGGGGGAUUGCGGGACAUUAUGGUUUCUAAUGUAUUUGGAAAAGCCGGAAGCCAGGUUGUCAUCGAAGAGUAUCUGACUGGACCCGAACUCUCAAUCCUCGCAUUCUCAGAUGGCUAUACAAUCGUCCCUCUCCCCGCUGCACAAGACCACAAACGUAUCGGCGACGGGGACACCGGACCAAAUACAGGCGGAAUGGGUGCAUACGCACCAGCUCCCGUGGCAACUCCGCAAGUCAUGGAACGAAUCGUGAAGGAGACACUUCAACCGACUAUUGACGGAAUGCGUCGGGAAGGGUUCCCUUUCGUUGGUAUGCUCUUUACUGGGUUUAUACUCACCGAAUCAGGACCGAAAGUGUUAGAGUAUAAUGUACGCUUUGGGGAUCCUGAGACGGAGGCUGUCUUGAUGCUACUGAAGAGUGACUUGGCUUCUAUUUUGUUGGCGUGUGCUGAACGACGGCUGGACUCGGUUGAGGUGAAAGUCCGUCCUGGCUUCGCUGCGUCGAUUGUACUCGCAUCACAAGGCUACCCGGGCUCGUAUCCAAAGGGGAAGGUUAUUCAGAUUGGAGACGUGCCGUCAGGCAUGCUUUAUUUCUUUUCUGCAACUAAACGCGUCGAGGUGUUUCACGCUGGAACCUCACAGAAGGAUGGUAACAUCGUAACGUCCGGCGGGCGGGUCCUUGCCGUGUCGGCAACAGCUGCCUCAGUCAAGGAGGCCGUCGACCUCGCAUACAAGGGGAUCGCAAAGAUCUCAUUUGAAGGGAUGCAAUACAGAAAAGAUAUCGCAUACCGCGCCCUUCAAGCAGAAUCCUCAGCUUCAGCUUCAGCAAAUCCGAGUAAGCCAGACGGCCUAACAUAUGCGUCAGCAGGUGUAUCAGUUGAUACAGGAAACGCUUUCAUCGAGGCCAUCAAGCCAUUUGUCAAAGCUACUCGACGACCAGGCUCAGAUGCUAUCAUCGGAGGAUUUGGUGGGACGUUUGAUCUUAAGCCGCUUGGAUUUAAGGAUCCGGUGCUUGUAAGCGGGACUGAUGGAGUUGGUACGAAGUUGCGGGUGGCUAUGGAUUCGGGGAUUCAUCGUUUUGUCGGUAUUGAUCUGGUAGCGAUGUCAGUGAACGAUCUGAUCGUACAAGGCGCCGAGCCACUGUAUUUCCUAGAUUACUUUGCGUGUAGUCAGUUGGAUAUUACGGUUGCGAGUGAGGUCGUGAAGGGUAUUGCAGAUGGUUGCGUUGAAGCUGGAUGUGCGCUUAUUGGUGGUGAGACUGCUGAAAUGCCUGGAAUGUAUCACGGUGGUGAUUACGACCUCGCAGGUUUCGCCGUAGGAGCCGUCGAGCGCUCCUCACUCCUUCCCAAAUCGGACAUAUCAGCAGGGGACGUCCUACUCGGCCUCCCUUCCUCCGGUCUCCACUCGAACGGCUUCUCACUCGUCCGGAAGAUCGUCACACUCUCGGGACUUUCGUACACCUCACCCUGUCCGUGGGACAACUCAACCUUAACAACAAACGCAAAAAGAACACUCGGCGAAGCUCUCCUCACGCCAACACGUAUCUACGUAAAGACGCUCCUCCCCACUCUACGCACGGAUAGAGUAAAAGGACUAGCGCAUAUAACCGGAGGAGGGUUCACAGAUAACAUCCCUCGUGUCCUUCCUGAAGGACUCGGAUGCACAGUUGACGUAUCCCGUUGGACGCUCCCGCCUGUGUUCUCCUACCUUAUGCGGACGGGCGGCGUUGAGCCCAAGGAAAUGUGUCGGACGUUCAACUGCGGAAUCGGUAUGGUCCUCGUCGUCGCGCGUAAAGACGUCGAAAGUGUUCUACGCAGUCUACACGAAAGUGGGGAAACCGUCGUGCAUGAAAUCGGUGAAGUCGUCUCUGGCAAGGGAGUCGAACUGAAGGGUUUAGAUACGUGGACGGUAUAA